GCCCAAGACACUGCCAGAGUCUCGAUGAAGUUAGACUUGGUCUUCAUGUGUCCCGGUCAGAGGUAUAAAGAGAAGGCUGUGGCUAUCCGGAUUGCUCUUCCUCCCAUCCAUCCUUACGACUGGUUCUCUUCAUCCAUCAUCUUACAAUCCUAGCGCUAGACGCCAGCAUACUCCGGCCUUUGAAAGGACCUGAUACGACCUUAUAACACCUUGACUUUUGGUGAAGACCUACGCCCAACGAACCUGCCAUUGUUGACCGUUUGACACGUUCAACCCGGCCGCCAGCCCGUAAACUUUCCUUUCCUAAGCCUGACUCCGUUUCCAAACCACACACGAGACAAGAUGACGAACUCUGAGAUCCCCGCCAAAGCGCGAAACUUCGACAAGACGUUCGAGGAAGAGAAAGGUGCAACGAAAUGCCUGGUUGACAUGAAGACCAUCCAGCUCAAUGCCGAAGAUCUUUAUGAUCGCGAAAAAGUAGACCUCGAACAAGUUGAGCUGGAGGACGUUUGGGUAUUGCUACAAACAAGUGAAAAUGGUCUUGAUACCGCCGAAGUUGAACGACGACGUGCAAUCUUUGGGCCCAACCGUUUGGAAGAAAAAUCGGUCAAUCCGUUCUUGCAGUUCUUAAGCUUCAUGUGGAACCCGCUGUCAUGGGUCAUGGAAGGUGCAGCGGUGGUCUCGAUUGCGCUCUCAAACGGUGAGAAUCGGCCUCCAGACUGGCAAGAUUUCGUUGGAAUUAUGGCCCUGCUGCUCAUCAACUCCGGUAUCGGGUACUACGAAGAGAGGUCUGCUGGAAAUGCGGUGAAAGCCCUGAUGGACUCCCUUGCUCCCAAAGCCAAAGCACGCCGGAAUGGACAAUGGUCAGAAAUCGACUCAGCUGACUUAGUGCCUGGUGAUAUCGUUGCUUUCAAGAUCGGCGAUGUCGUACCAGGAGAUUGUCGUCUGUACGAUGCCAUCAAUGUCAGCAUCGACCAAGCCGCCUUGACCGGUGAAUCGCUGCCAAUCUCCAAAUCGGUCGGCGACCAAUGUUUCUCGGGAUCGAUCUGCAAGCAGGGUGAGGCUGAGGGUAUUGUGAGUGCUACGGGUGCCAACACAUUCUUCGGGCGAGCAGCUACUCUGGUCGGUGCGGAGAAUGACUCCACCGGGCACAUGCAAGCAGUUUUGGCCAAGAUUGGCGGUUUCUGUCUCGUCUCCAUCGGCAUUGCCAUUGCACUCGAGCUCAUCGUUCUCUAUGGGGCAUUCCGCUACUCUUACCGUCGGGGUUUGGACAACAUCCUUGUGUUGCUCAUCGGUGGUAUCCCGAUCGCUAUGCCUACUGUCCUGUCUGUUACUCUUGCUGUCGGCGCUCAACAGCUCGCCAAGUACAAAGCUAUUGUCACCCGUAUCACGGCCAUCGAGGAACUCGCCGGAGUCACGAUCUUGUGCUCUGACAAGACCGGUACUCUGACUACCAACAAGCUCACGAUUGACAAAUCUACCAUCAAGACCUACUCCGACGUUGGCCCGGAAGAUGUCUGCGUUCUUGCCUCAUAUGCUUCCCGGAUUGAGAACCAAGAUGCGAUUGAUGCAUGUGUGGUCGGUACCGUCGGAGCUGAUGUAGCGCGUCGAGGCAUCAAACUCGUUGAUUUCAAGCCCUUCGACCCAGUUUCCAAGCGGACUGAAAUUACUUACAUCGAUAUUGCCACGGGUGAAAUGCGCCGAGUGACCAAAGGAAUGACCGGAAAGAUCAUGGACCUGUGCACCUACAACAAGACCGACGAUAUUGAGCGACAGCUUGAAGCCGAUGUUGAAGAGUUUGCCCGUCGAGGUUUGCGAGCUUUGGCCGUUGCUUAUGAGGAUGUUCCCAGCGGCGAUGCCGAAGGACCCGGAAGCGGCUUCCAGCUCAUCGGUCUCUUAUCCAUCUUCGACCCUCCCCGAGACGACACCAAGCAAACGAUUGAUGAUGCAGUGAGCCUCGGACUCAAGGUUAAGAUGGUCACUGGUGAUCAACUUGCCAUCGCAAAGGAAACUGGCCGACGAUUAGGACUUGGUGACAACAUGUUUGCCUCGAAGGUUCUCAAAGAGGGACCCCCGCCCGGAAGCAACUUUUCUUCUGUUGAUACCAUGAUUCUCGACGCCGAUGGAUUUGCGGGUGUGUACCCUGAGCACAAGUACGAUAUCGUCAAAAAGCUGCAGAGCUUGGGUCACAUGGUCGCCAUGACCGGUGACGGUGCCAACGAUGCCCCUGCUCUUGCCCGUGCCAAUGUCGGAAUUGCCGUUGAAGGUGCUACUGACGCCGCCAGAGGAGCCGCCGAUAUUGUCCUCACCGAGCCUGGUCUUUCGACGAUCGUACACGCCAUCCGACAGUCUCGAAUCGUCUUCCAAAGGAUGAGGAAUUACUCGAUCUACGCUUGUGCCGUCACCAUCCGUAUCGUCGUCGGCUUUGCCAUCAUGGCCUUUGCUUUCCAGUUUGAUUUCCCUCCGUUCAUGGUCCUGGUCAUUGCUAUCUUGAACGACGGAACCGUCAUGACUAUUUCGCUUGAUCGCGUCUUGCCCAACAACGAGCCUGACCACUGGGACCUCGCCGAGAUCUUCACAUACGCCGUUGCCUAUGGUCUUCAUUUGGCUUUGUCGACCAUUCUCUUGUUUGUGGUGAUUGUCAACACUACCUUCUUCGAGGACACCUUCGGCAUGUCGCCUUUGAAGGACGCCAACGAUCCCCAGUUACACAUGAUCAUCUACCUCCAGGUUGCGAUUAUUUCUCAAGCCUUGAUCUUCAUCACCCGGUCCCACAGCUGGUUUUUCAUGGAGCGACCCUCUUUGGCUCUGGUUGGCGCUUUCUGCAUUGCUCAAACCGUGGCCUCGUUGUUGGCCGUUUUCGGAACGAUGGAGUUCUCCUCUGUCCAGGCAAUCCCAUUGUCCUGGGUGGGUGUUGCAUGGGUCUGGAAUUUGAUCUGGUUCCUCCCCAUGGACUUGAUCAAAUUUGCCACCCGUGCUCUUAUCAAGAAGUACCGAGCCACUCAAAAGUCACAACAUCCAACCCCCGUCCCUGCUCCAGAUGAGAAGAAGCACGAAAGUGCCGGUUCCUUGUACACCAACAGACUCAGCUUCAUCCAACGCGCCGAGCACACUCAAGCCGUCCGCCGAUCCCUACACGGUCAAGUGCAGACUUCCGAGCGCGACUUACGGAGGUUCUCGUCCGCACAAGUCGUUUCCACAAGCGCGGCUCUCAAGCGAUCAUAAGAACUUGUUCCUUUUUUUUUCUCGUCUCCCCCCGAUCCUCUGCAGUCCCUUAUUAGAAUAUCUCCAAAUUACUCCUGCCCGUCAUUAUAUUUUUUUACCCCUCAUACGUUCUGAUGAUGUGUAUCCUAUUGUACAUACUACCUCAUGACCGUCGAUGAACAAUUUAUCCCCCCCACUUACAACACCCAA